AUGUUUUACGUGCAUGUGGUUCGCCCAAUGCUCGAUAUGCUAUCGUUAGCAGCUGAUUUACAUCGUCUCGAAUUUCUGAAAGAUAACGUCAAGUUGAAACAACCAAAAGACGCGUUUUCGAAGGUACAAGUUCGUAAACUCUACGAAAUCGUCACCUCAUCAUUGGACUAUUCGGCUGUCGCCAGCAAACUGAACGACACAACCGAAACGACGAGUUCACUCCCGGACACACCUCCACCGGAAUCCCGGAAACGACCCACUGAGAGCAGCGAUAAUAACGAUGACAAGGAUGAUCAGUCUGAAUCGUCACUACCUCCUACUCCACCUCCGCAAGAAACCCCUGCAAAAUCGGUGAAGUGCGAAGAUGAUUCGGAGGAAAACGACCAUGAAACGAAAAAUGCGUCCGGUGAUAUUCAGAUGAAAAGUGCCGAAAAAUCGUCAGCCCCAAAGCCGAAAGCAGCGAACACAGUUACGCCAAAGAAACGAAAAUUAAGAUUCUAG